AUGUCCUCGAAAUCCCGCUGGGCGGAUGAAGACCCAGAAGCAGAAGCGAUCAAUGCGCAACGCAAACGCGAAAAGGAAGAGAAACGACGCGCCAAAGCCGAGAAACAACGUCAGCUCGAACAGCAACAAGCUGAAGAAGCUGCCCGACAACGCGAAGCCGCAAACCAUGAUUCAGAGGCACCUCCCAAGAAACGUCGCCGACUCUCCAAUGAUCCGGACACAGCAGCCGAGGUUCAGGUUGAGCCAUCCAAACCACAAGAGAAGCCAUCGAAUAUAUUACAAUUCCCUACACAGGAAUGGGGCCCCAGUCGGCAUGUGGACAAUUUCGAGCGAUUGAAUCAUAUUGAGGAGGGCUCAUACGGAUGGGUGAGCAGAGCAAAGGAUAUCACGACGGGCGAAAUAGUCGCCCUCAAGAAGCUCAAGAUGGACAACUCUCCGGAUGGGUUCCCCGUAACGGGCUUACGGGAGAUCCAAACCCUCCUGGAGGCUCGUCAUCCAAAUAUCGUCUUCCUCCGUGAAAUCGUUAUCGGAACCAAAAUGGAUGAGUGCGUUUUCCCCCUUCUGUAUCAAGACCAAUUCACCCCUUCGCACUCCCUACUCCCCCGGACCUGGAAAGUUCAGAUACAGAAAAUUAACCCCAAAGCCCGGGGGUGA